UCAUUGCUGCCUCGAAUUCUUCUCAUCACCUCCCAUCUAUUACCAUUUAACAUCUCACCCAACAGAACCAUCUCCGAAACAGACAAGAAGCACCAGCACCAGCACCAGCAACCAUGGGCGUGACAAACCCCGACACCCAAACUACCUCAACCACCACCACCACCACCCCCGCCUCGCCGCAGCCCUUCAAUCGACUCAUCUCCCUAGACUCACCUACCCCAUCCCUGCCGGACUUCGAGCGCCUCUGCUCCCAAACCACGGACGGCACUCUCUACCCGCACGCCUCGAUUAUCACCCAGAACAUCCCCAUCUACAGCACGCGCACGCUCAGCCUGACCGACGCCGCCGACCUGGCCGCCGUCCAAAACGAAUGGUACCACAUCCUCUCCGCGGGGCCGGGGAUCUUCGUCCUCCAACACUUCUACGACCAGCAAGACCAAGCGACCCUAACCGCCACGACCGCCGCCUUCACGCGCAUCAUCGCCCACGAAGCUUCGUCGGGCGUCAAAGGCGACCACUUCUCCACCGGCCACAACGCCCGCAUCUGGAACAGCUUCAGCAAACACGCCUUCGCCGACCCCACCUCCUUUGUAUCCUACUACUCCAACCCGUGGCUCCGCGCCGUCAGCGAAACCUGGCUCGGUCCCGGAUACCGCCUCACCGCGCAGGUCAACAUCGUCCGCCCGGGCGGCCACGCCCAGGCCCCGCACCGCGACUACCACCUCGGCUUCCAGGACGACCGCAACUGCGCCCGCUUCCCCCGGGGCCUGCACGCCGCCAGCGCCUGCCUCACGCUGCAGGGCGCCGUCGCCCACUCCGAUAUGCCGGAGCGCAGCGGGCCGACGCGCUUCCUGCCGUUCAGCCAGCGCUUCGAGCCCGGGUAUCUGGCCUGGCGGCGCGAGGAGUUUAAGGCGUUUUUUGAGCGUGAGUAUGUGGCCCUGCCGCUGCGGGAGGGGGAUGCGGUGUUCUUUAAUCCGGCGGUGAUGCAUGCGGCGGGCGAGAAUUGUUUGGCGGUGGAGAGUGGGUUUGAGAGACGGGCGAAUUUGUUGCAGAUUGGGGCGGCGGUCGGCAAGACUAUGGAGAGCGUGGAUGUUGUGGCUGUUGUGGAGGCGGUGUGGCCGGAGGUUAGGAGGCGGUUCGAUGCUGAGGCUGGGAAGAAGAAGGAGGAGGAGGACGAGGAGGACGAGGAGGACGAGGGGGAGGAGCUGGAUGCGAACUGGGAGGCGUUCGUCCGGGCGCUUGGGGAAGGGUACCCGUUCCCUACAAACCUGGAUCGUCGGCCGCCGGCGCCGAAUGGUAUGGCCCCGGAGAGUGAGCAGGACUUGAUCAGGAGGGGGCUGUUGGAUGGCUGGGGGAAGGAGGAAAUGGUCGCCCGGUUGCGCCAGUUGCAUGAGGACGAGAGGGGUCAUCAGUGUCUCUAACUGUACUUAGUGGAAGUGACCAUGGCCAAGUAGGAAUCAUCUACACUACACACUGACAGGUCCAGAAGUAAAGUAGAUAUUACUCUUGGUCUUGGUCUAGCUCAUUAGAGACAAUCAUCACUUCGUGAAUAUUCCAGCCAUGUUACUCCGCCCACAAGGGUAUACCAGAACGCUACGCCAAUGCCAACCAAUGCAGUCAGUCGUUAAGUCAUAUCACCCCUCGUUCCUCGACCCAGAUCUAUCCUCACGUUAGUCCCAGUGGUGCACGACACCUCACCAGAAACGACUUACCUCCAUCUUCCCGAGCUCACUCCCCUCCCGUCGUGCCAUCUCACGGGCUGAGCUCAUCAGCAGAUCCAAAUCCUCCUGGUCCACCAUCGUAAUCAUGUCAC